UUGCGGCGUUCUCAGUUUACGGGAUUUUAGUACCGCUAUUUAAGUGGGUUAAGCAGAGAAAGUGUGCGUUCACUUUAGAUAUCGAUGGUUAGUUGUAUGAAAAGUACAAGUCUUUUAGAACAAUUUUAAUAUUUAAAGUUAUUAAGAAAUCUCGAAAACUGUUGAGAGAUAGUACUACUCAGUCCAGAGAAUGUUAAGCAAUUGCAAGCAAACAAAAUGUCAUGAGUUUAAGCCACGAUCUGGGUGUCCAAAAAAACUAAGUGAAAGAGAAGAGCCCAAUAUAACCACUCUUCUGAAAUGUAAUCCACGACUGACAAUACAGUACGAAAAGUUCUGAAAAGAUCCGGAUUUCGUGGCAGAGUGGACGUAGAAAGCCCUACAUAUCGAGAGUAAAUCGACUUAAGAGGAUGGCCUUUGCAAAAGAGCACUUAAACAAGUCUCCAGUUUGGAAAAGCGUUAUAUUUUCAUAUGAGAUUUUCAAAAUGCAAGGAAAACCAAUGCAAAUUAUAAGCAAUAGCAGAGAAAAUGAUUCCUCUAGCAUUCUGCAAUUAAAUGAAGAUGAAUUAAAUGAGAUGUUAAUGGACGAAAAAAUCAAAGAUCGCGUAGUGUCUGUGAUUUCAGUAGCCGGAGCUUUUCGCAAAGGGAAAAGCUUUCUUUUGGAUUUCUUUCUACGUUACAUGUAUGCCAAAUACGUUUAUAAUAACUUGGAUGAUAACGAUUGGCUCGGCGAUGACAAUGAACCACUACGAGGAUUUUCAUGGCGAGGCGGUUCGCAACGCGAUACCAUUGGGAUUUUAAUAUGGUCUGAGAUCUUCCUAUAUGACUCUCCAGAUGGAGAAAAAGUUGCAAUAAUUUUAAUGGACACGCAGGGCACUUUCGAUUGUGACAGUACCAUGAAGGAUUGUGCCAAUAUAUUUGCACUAAGCACAAUGAUAUCUUCAGUUCAAAUUUUCAAUAUUCAAUUUAAUAUACAAAAGGACGAUCUACAGCAUUUACAGUUAUUUACCGAGUAUGCUCGUAUUGCUAUGGAUAAUACGGGAAGGAAACCGUUUCAAAAGUUACAAUUUUUAAUACGCGACUGGACCCAUAAAAGUGAAGCCCCGUUCGGUGCGCUCGGUGGUAAACAAAUACUUCAACAAAAAUUAUUUUCGAAAGACAGGAGAUUGAAGGAGAAUGAAGAACUAUGUGAGAAUGUGAAAACUAGUUUCAACGAAAUUGAUUGUUAUUUAAUGCCACAUCCUGGUUUUGCUAUCGAAGAACCGGAUUUUUGCGGUUGUUUAAAAGAUCUUCGAAGCGAGUUCAAGGACAAUUUACGCGACUUGAUUCCCUUAAUUUUGGCCCCGGAAAAUUUAAUCAUUAAAGAAAUAAAUGGACGGAAGCUAAAAGUCGCUGAUCUUUCAAAAUACAUUAGUUUAUAUUUUGAACUAUUCAACAGCAAGGAGUUUCCAGAGCCUACAACAAUUUUUAAGGCUACUGCAGAGGCCAAUAAUCAAAUUCAUGCCAGAAACGCCGAAGAAUCAUAUGAGAAAAAAAUGGUGGACUUAAUCAGUCCCGAAAACCCAUAUAUGCCGGAAGAAGAACUGAUCAAAAAGCAUGAGGAAUAUGAAAUGGAAUCUAUUUCGCAAUAUACGGAAACGCCAUCAAUUGGCAAAGAACAUGUUGUGAAGAAAUAUUGCAUAAACAUAAAAAAGUCUAUUUCGUCGAGACUUCCACAAUUUAUCAAGAUCAACAAAGCUAAAUUGUAUAUUGCCGAACUCAAUUAUUUAAACGAUAUGCAUAGAUGCAUUCAAGAUUUUGAGAAUCUUAUGGAUGAUUUGCUUACAGGAAAUGAAUAUACUCCUCCAAAUGAGUUCAAUAGCAAAAUGGAAGAUGUAAAAUUGAAUAUACUACAACAGUUUGAUUCGUAUCGAUCGAACAGUACUGAGGAAAUACAUAGACAGAUUCGUGAUCAACUUGAAGAGGCUGUUGAAAAACUUUGCAUUAAAUGCAAACAACAAAAUGAUAUUAAAUGGCAAACCUUACAACUACAAUUGUCUCAGUUAAAAAGGAAUUAUGAAGACCUAAUGAAGGAUGCUUGCGAAAAUGUAUUAACAGAUAAUACUCUUCUAUCUAAACACAAAGAGUGUAAAAUGAAAGUUCUUGAAGUGUUUGAAGGCUUACCAACUAAGGGUUAUUCGGAAAAUUAUAUGAACGAAAUGCGUCAAAAGCUUGUUGGAGAAAUUGAAGAACUUUGGGAAUAUUAUAGAUCACGAAAUGAAAUACAUAUGCUUUAUUUCGAGCAAAAAUGCCAAUCGAUGAAGAUAAAAGCAAAAAAAAUUAUAUUGAAAUCCCUUGAGGAACUCGGCGUGUUUAAUUCAGUUGAUGACGUUCACCGUAAUUUCAAUAUAGCUUUAGCUAAAGCUGAGUCCCAGUAUGAACAUUUAAAAGAAAACCCAUAUCACCAAGAAAUAUAUGAAAAAUAUCGGUCGGAAUUGAUGGACGAAGCUGAAGGCGAAUGCAGUUCGUACAUAAAAAGAGCAAAAAUUGUGCAAAAAAUAAAAGAAUUGGACAUAGGUUUUUUACGAAUGUUUGGUAUAGAUAUCAGCUAAGUUCAUUCACCAAUCUUACAUUAAAGGAGAAGUUUUUAUUAUAUAUGUUUAUGUAUAAAAUGCGAAAAAAACUAUUUUAAUAAACUUUAUACUUCCUUAUGCAUACAUAA